UGUGAUACUUCAAUUUUAUUAGAGCGUUUAUGAAUCACGUGAUGCACCUCCUCGCCUAAUACGAUCGUCAGAGGGCAGUAUGUAAUAUUGUAUUAAUGUAAUGUUACGACGAAUGGUGCUGUGGGGAAUAUUUCUUUGAGGAAUUUUUGAUGUGCAAAACUUGCAAUGAAUGCCAUUCAACCACUCAUUGAUAAAGCAAGUGAUCUUAUAAAGAGAGCAGAUUAUCUUGAAUUAAAGAAACCAUCUAUUAAAAGCAUACCAAAGUUCAUCAGAAAAGUUAAAGCAGAGCUCAACUUUCUUCUAGCUUUGGAGAAUAGAAAUGUGCCACCUAAGGACAACCAGCUUCAGAGCACCAACCUCACCCAUCUGGAGACCGUCCUAAGUGCCGCUGAAAGCCUCCCUGACGUCACAGACAUCUUUUGUCAUAAACACUACACAGAUGAUUAUGAAUUCAAAAAAACACUGGGUGUUGAUAUCAUCUCAAAUAAUGGUGCAGUCUGGGUGAAGGUCACAGCAAGGAAAGGUCAUGCACUUCACCGCAUCUGGGAAGGUGAGGGUGACUAUGGUGAUAAAGAUAUAGUUGAACAAGCGCUGGAGUAUAAGAAGGUAGCAUCUGAACAUCCAAUCAAAUUCAUCGUACCUCAAGUGCAUGUCAUAUUUUUCAACGGCGUUACUUCUGCAAUCCAAGGAGAGUUACACUCUGUUGGCAUAGCAACACAUGGUCAUGUGCUUGAUGAUGCAGACGAUCAUAGAAAUGAUACAGUUCCCUCUUUUGAUUGGUCAGUUUUAAAAGAGCUGAAAGUCGUGACUGAAAACGACCCGCGUCAAAAUAAAGUGAAUUUGGACGUGACAACAAUGAUUGCACUAACCAGCAAUCUCACUCAUGAUGGAUGCUGGUAUAGUUACCCAGAAUGCAACCCCAUUAACAAGCAGGCACUGGAGGAAAGGCAGCGCCCCCAAUUGACCUGCCUGUACAAUUUCAUGAAAGGUAAAAGACUAUUUGCUUGUAAGACAGCUGUAGAGGGAUUUAAGGAUAAUGUAAACACUGUAGGAGGUCCAACUGAACAAGCCAGAGCUGAAAGACUGCUGUCAAAAGUAACUGUCAUGGAUGACUGUAUAUCAACAAGAACACAGGAGCACAUCUGGAGCAACAAAAUCAAGGAGAGGUCAAAGAUAAUAUUCGGGACUGGUGAUUUUUAUGAGAUGGUGACGCUGUCAGCCAACGCUUCAUUUGUUCGCUCGGCAAACAAACAUAACGUAUUGUAUGCGGUGGAAAUCCACCAAUCACGGGCCUUCACCGAGCAGAAGGAGAAGGAGAUAAAUUCCAUGGCGGUGGAUAAAAAGGAUUUAUUCAGUAGGAUUACCCUAGAACAUAUCCUAAAAGAUGUACUUAAUCCAAGGUGAUUAUAAUCUGUGGUUAAUCAACAAAUGCUACCUUUAAUACAGACCAACCAAUUCAGGAAUGUAGCAUGAUUGGCCAGUGGAAAAAUGGAUUAAAUUAAUUGGAUCUACAAAACAUCCUAGAUUAUUUGCAUAAUCCAAGCUGAGCUAAUCCCAACUAAUCCAAGAAUGCUACCUGGGAAUGAAUAAUCAUUACGUGCCAGAAGAAAUCAAUAUGAUUUAAUGCAGAAAAGACCUUAAAUUAUACUUUUUUUUUCAGAAAAUUAUAUACUAUUUGAAUUAAUAUAUUUAAUAUCACACUUAAUUGAGUUUUUAAAAAUGAGCAAUUUGUUAUCACAUUGUUAAGUUUUACAAUAAUGUUCAGAACAUAUAAUUAAAAAAAAAAAAAAAUUAUUAAGAAAAUUGUUACCAGCACAUAAAUAAUGUAAAUUAGUUUUUUAUUGUUAUUGUUGCUGUUAUUGUUAUUAAUAUUACAUAUUUUUUAUUACAGUGAUAUUUUUAUCAUUGUUGCUUUAAUAUCAUUUGAUCUGAACAUAAUGUCUAUAUUUAAUUAAACACUAAGCAAUUUAUUUUAUUUAAAUACAAAAAGGGUAUAAUAUUUGUAAUUCCAAUGGGUACAGAAAAUGUGACUUCUACUUCUACGCCCCAUUUCCUAUCGAUAUGAAUGUAAAAAUGACCUACUAUUUCCUUUAUUUUUAAUCACAGCUCUGUCGCUCUUUGCCAAUGUUUUUUCCUUAGAAUAAGAAACCUAUUGAGCCCUUAUUUUGAAUUGCCAUUCUUAUUCGGGUAUAGCGUGUCCCCAUUAAAUACAAUAUAUUGGGUCAAAUUUGGAAAUGGGCUUAUAAUACCUCCGGAGCCUUCCAAAUUUAGGUGAGGCCUCACAGGUGAAUCCUGCCUAAUGCUUAGGUCUAAGUGGCCUAGGAAAGCCUAUCUUGAAAUUUAAUUCUAAAUUUAAGUGCAAUUUAUUUUAUACUUGAUUUAUUAUACUGUCUGAAUUAAACCUCUGAGGUGAGGUGCUGGGCUUACAGUAUACACAGGAAAUUUGUAAAUACAUUUAAAAUACUAAAGUUUAGUCAUGGCCAUAUAUAUUUAGUAACUACAUUAAUGGUAAAAGACCUAUGGAGAUUUUUAACACUAAGCAUAGAAAUAAAUGAUCAGUUUAUUGCAUACCGUGUCUAGACUCUGACAUAGAAAAUAGUAUGUCUAGCGCCCUCUUUUGAAAAUAUAUUCGAUUUGUACAGUUUUGUGUUAGAGAAACAUUAAAGACUUAUUUUUAUAAGAAAAAAAUUAUUCAACUAAAUUAUACCAGAAAAUAUCUACUUGUUUUAUGUGAAAGAAUAAAAGUACAGAUUAAAGUUAAA